AUGCGGGACACCGGUCGGGGCCUGCGGGCCGAACAGUGGGCCAGAUUCUGCGGCCGGUACAAUUGCGCGGACGCGAUCGAAAAACUGGCGCGCAACCGACUGCUGGAACGGACGACGUCGUACGGCCGGUGGGGUAGCGACCCGGAGCUGGGGCCGCACAUGCUGAUCAACGGCCGGCUGAUGCAGCCGCCGGCCGCGUCCGCGGUGGCCACGCUACAGCGUGCGGCCACGCAGCACCACCGCUCGAUCAAGUCGAAACUGAAGCGGGCGUUCCGCACGUCGUCCAAUCCCGACUCGACCGUCGGCACCGCCGGCCAGUAUUCGCUGGUGUCGCAGCUCACCGGCGCGGCCCUGUGCGCAAGCAGCCCCGCAUUGCCGGUACACACGCGCUCCAAGCCCAUGGUCAAAUCGUUGCUCAGACCGUUGACCGUGCCCAAGGUGACCGUCACCGGGCUGCAAGAACCGCUCCAACAACAGCAACCGCUCGUCCCGUCGUCGCCGAACGCCACCGAUUCUCGGAACAAAAAACAGAAGAACAAAAAACGAUGA